GGGGAAUAGAAUGGGGUAACAGACAAGGGUGCAGAACAGAAACACAGCAGAGGCCAGCAGGCAGCAAGAGCACGACAGCAGACGAUGAUGUUCAUCCGGAGAUCAAGCAGAACGAAACUGCUGGUGGCAGCGAUAGCCACGGUGGCGGCGAUAGCGAUGUUCACCAACAGGCACCACUCAGCAGCGUACAUCGACGACCUGCGGAAGACGGCGCUGUUCCCCUACGGAGCGGACACGCCGACCGAGACGGAGGGCGUGGCGGGCGUGGCGGAGAGCACAAGAACGGCCCACCCGGCGGACGGGGAGGUGGUGUACCCGCCGCCGUCGCACGGCACAGAGCAGCUGGCGAAGCCCCGGGAGUCGUCCGAGGUGGCGGAGAAACAGGAGCAUGGACAUGGAAAGGCGGGGCCUGCUGGGGGCGAAGAUGCGCCUCCGGAGACACUGUUUGACUUCGGCGAGGCCGAGAUCCGGGCCAUCCACAACGUCUCCACAGAGAGGUUCCUCAGCGGAGACCCGCACGCGCAGGGCUUCUUCGGCAAGCUCUUCGACCUCGUGCUGCGGAACGAGAUGUCCCACCCGCUCAAGCGCAGACAGGGCUUGGACGGCAACGGCAAGCCCCACAUCGACAACGUCCACUUCAAGUCAGACCCCGACGAGAUUCUCUCGGAGGAACAGCUCCUCCGCUUCUUCGACUUCCCGCCAGAGUUCGUCGACGACCUCACCGUCAAGCACGCAAACGUGCUCAACAGCCUCCCGGACUACGUUCCGAGCUUCUACGCCGGCGACGGCUACGCCAUCGUGGGCGGCGGCCACUACUCCUGGUACUCUCUUCUUGCCGUCAAAUGCUUGCGGAUCGCCGGCGCAGUUCUCCCCGUCGAGGUCAUCCUCCCGACCCACGACGACUACGAGCCCCUCUUGUGCGAGACAAUGCUACCCUUGAUGAACGCAAGGUGCGUUGACGCAGAAAACAUCUUUGGCAAACACAGGCUCGACCAGAUGAAGAUCUCCGGCUACCAGUUGAAAUCCCUCGCCCUCUUAGCCUCGUCCUUCCGAAACGUCUUCCUCAUGGACUCCGACUCCUACGUCGUCACCAACCCAGAGCCGCUCUUCAAGAGCGAGUUGUUCAAGAUGAAACACAUGCUCGCGUGGCCAGACUUCUGGAGAAGAACAACCUCACCCGUCUACUACCAAAUUGCAGGCAUAAACGUCACCGACGAGCCUGUCCGCCAUUUGAACGACGUUUUCACAGACAUCAACAAGAUGCACCUCUUCAAGACCGAAGACCCGAACUUCAACGUCAAAAAAGACGUCUCCUUCCACGAUAGGGGAAACACCUUGAUCGACUGGUCCUCAGAAUCUGGUCAAUUGUUGGUCAACAAGGACAUACACUUCAAGACAUUACUUUUGGCUUUUUACUAUAACAGAGACGGGCCUUUUGGCUACCACCCUCUUCUUUCCCAAGGAGGCGCAGGUGAAGGUGAUAAGGAGACCUUCGUAGCUGCUGCUUCCCGUCUCAAUCUCCCAUACUACCAGGUAUACAAGAAAUCAGACGGCGCCUACGGCUUUUGGAACCUUUUGAACUCGUUUGAGCACGGCGCAAUCAUCCAGUACGAUCCAGUCACAGACUCCGAAAACGUCGUGAAAGCGGUCAACCGUAUCAAACACGAUCAAAAGGAACAAGGGGACCAGUUUGUUUACGAUUACUCCAAGUAUUUCAUUGAAGGCAUUAGAGCAGAAGAGUCCAAACCCCUAUUCUACCAUUGCCACGAUCCAAAAUUCGACCCUUAUCUCAUCAGGGAGAGAAAUAUUAUGUUUGUCAGAGAACACGGCAAAAUUCUAGAGAAAAGACGUCGUGUUCUUGGUGAGGAUUUUCCUAGGGGAGAUGUCGACUUAGAGCUGAAUCUAUGGGAAAUAGCAGACGACUAUCUAUGCAGACAAAAAUUGCAUUUUUCAAUUUUCGAUGGCAAAGACAAAGACAUUUUGUGUAAAGAAUACAUUCCAGAGCAACUUGAUUUUCUCAGAAAAUCGCACGACUACAUCGUCGAGCAUUACAAUCCAGAUACCUCCAGAGCGAACCUUGAUGGUUCAAACGAUGUUUUCGGUGAGAAGAAAAAAAGCGAAGGAGAAACGGCAGCAACAAGGCUAGAGUCUGACGCCUUGCAGAAAGCUGAAGAAGAAAAACAAGUUAUGGAGAAUGAAGCGGCAGAGGCCUUAGAACAGGUCAAAGCGGCAAGCGCUGCUGCUGAGGAGAAAGCCGAACAGGCAGCAGAACACUGACAAAAAAGAUAGAAACAGCACCACCAAAGAACUUUUUGCAUGAUUUACAAUUCUCCCUCUCAUUAACCUCCGCACCAGGUAUAGUGUACAUAUAUAUGUUUGCAUUUCUGUAUAAGUGGAACAGUUCAGGGUUAGAUACCCAGAUUUUUUUCCAAAUACUAUUUGAUUGCAGCUACAAUCACUCUAUAUCGCACUGGCUGGAAAAGGAAAUUUGAAAAAUCAACUUUUUCUUGUCCUUUCUUUCUUCCAUAC